AUGGAACCUGAGUUUUCUGAAACAGAGGAAAAGCUCAAGGAAGAAGAAGAAGAAGAUGAUCGUGACGAAAAGUUUCAUCUCUUUGGCCGCCGGAAGCCGGUGCACUCCGCCCUCGGUGGCGGCAAAUCUGCCGAUGUGAUCCUAUGGCGAAACAAGCAAAUCUCGGCUGCAUUGCUGGCGGGCUCAACCGUGAUAUGGCUUCUGUUCGAGUGGGUCGGUUAUCGACCCGUCCCUUUCAUUUGCCACUCUCUCAUAUUCUCCUUAGCCUCUCUCUUUUUGUGGUCAAAUCUCUCCUUCUUCAUGAACAAGUCUCCUAUUAGCUUCCCAGAGAUUGUACUUUCAGAGGACAUAUGCAAAAAUGCUGCUCUCUUACUAAUUGAAAGAUGCAAUAAGGCAAUAGGUUUCUUAUGGGGAGUGGCUUCUGGAAAAGAUAUCAAGAAGUUUCUCACUGUAAACUCUCUUUAUUUUGAGAAAAAAUGGGCACUUGUGAAAUAUGGAAACUUAAUUGUGAUAAUAUUACAGGCAAUAUUUGCACUAUGGUUUGUCUCGAUUUUCGGCAGCUGGUUCGACUUCCUGACUAUUGUAUAUAUCAUGUUCGUGAUGAUACUGACAAUGCCAUCGGUGUACGAAAAGCAUGAAGAUCAAGUGGAUAACUAUGCUCUCAAGGCAAAAGCUCAGCUCAAGAAACAAUACAGCCAACUGGAUGAGAAGGUCCUUCAGAAAUUACCAAAAGUUCCUUUCAUCACAGACAAUAAGCAACACUAA